AAUCCAAAGUUGACUGGGGCGUUGGAUUUUGGUGUCAGUUAAGAAAGGUUUUCCCACUGGAUUUUUGUAUACUGAAACAGUGGCAGAUCAAAUUCUCACUCAAACUGUUUCAUCAAAGAUGGCUCAACAUUCUCUUCUCCUGCCUGCUGAUGUUCGUCCAAAACUUCACCAUUUCAAAGGUAAUGGUAAAUGGGGUAAGCAUUUUGAGGUAAAGGCAAAACCCAAACAUUUGAAGUUUGCAUUUAGCUGUAGAGCACAGGCAAUUGAAAUCCCUAAUCACUGGUACAAUUUGAUUGCUGAUCUCCCGGUUAAACCCCCUCCUCCUCUGCAUCCCAAGACCUUUCAACCCGCGAAACCCGAGGAUUUGUCCCCUCUUUUUGCUGAUGAGAUGAUCAAGCAAGAGACUAGCAAUGAUCCCUUUAUUCAGAUACCCGAGGAGGUUUUAGAUGUUUAUAGGCUUUGGCGCCCGACCCCCCUAAUCAGAGCAAAGCGCCUGGAGAAACUGCUCGAUACACCUGCAAGAAUAUAUUAUAAGUAUGAAGGCACGAGCCCGGCUGGGUCACAUAAGCCAAACAGCGCUGUUCCUCAGGUCUGGUACAAUGCACAACAAGGCGUCAAGAAUAUAGUCACCGAGACGGGUGCUGGGCAAUGGGGGAGCGCACUGUCAUUCGCGUGCAGCUUAUUUGGUCUCAACUGUGAAGUAUGGCAAGUGCGUGCUUCGUUUGAUCAAAAGCCAUAUAGGCGAUUGAUGAUGCAAACGUGGGGUGCCAAAGUGCACCCUUCGCCUUCUACUAUGACUGAGGCAGGUAGGACAAUCCUCAAAGGGGAUCCAUCGAGUCCCGGGAGUUUGGGGAUAGCUAUUUCCGAGGCAGUGGAGGUUGCAGCUGCAAAUGCCGAUACUAAGUAUUGCUUGGGGAGUGUUUUGAAUCACGUUCUGUUACACCAGACAGUUAUUGGCGAGGAGUGUAUAAAGCAAAUGGAGGCUUUGGGGGAGACGCCCGAUGUGAUCAUUGGAUGUACAGGAGGUGGAUCUAAUUUUGCAGGACUCGCCUUUCCAUAUCUUCGGGAGAAGCUUAGGGGGAAACUUAAUCCGGUUUUUAGGGCAGUCGAGCCUUCGGCCUGCCCUUCCUUGACUAAAGGUGUAUAUGCAUAUGAUUAUGGGGAUACAGCAGGGAUGACUCCUCUGAUGAAGAUGCAUACGCUGGGACACAACUUCGUUCCUGAUCCUAUUCAUGCCGGAGGAUUACGAUACCAUGGAAUGGCUCCAUUGAUUUCACACGUCUAUGAAUUGGGUUUCAUGGAAGCAAUUUCGAUUCCUCAGACUGAAUGCUUCCAAGGCGCCAUAAAAUUUGCUCGGUCUGAGGGGCUGAUACCAGCACCCGAACCAACUCACGCCAUAGCGGCUGCCAUAAGGGAAGCACUCAACUGCAGAGAGACUGGGGAAUCGAAAGUCAUUCUCAUGGCGAUGUGUGGGCACGGCCAUUUUGAUCUGUCAUCCUACGAGAAGUAUCUGCAAGGCGGUAUGGUUGAUUUGACAUAUUCAGACGAGAAAAUAAAAGCCUCACUGGCCGAAAUUCCCCAACCAGUGUCUUGAUCUGAACCAGAACCAAGCAAUCAUGAAGCUAAGGCGAAUUGCCAGACAAUGCAGCUGAAGUGGAGCCAACAACAACAUCAACAACCAUGUGGUUUUCAUACUCUUGUAGGUGUGUUGCCAAUAAUGUUUUUGUAAUAACGUUUGACUACUGCUGCCUAUUGUUUUCCUUAGUGUCACAUGCUUAUGUUUGGUCGGUUGGCUGGACAGAACUAUAAUCUGUCUCAAUCCUCAUUGGAUUAACACAUGUUUUGUUUUUAAUGUCUAAAUGUGGACAGGGGCAUAGAAAUUCUCAAUAUGAUCAUAUGAUGUGUUCUAGUUCUA